GGGGUGGCUUUCCAGAUGGAUAACAACCUUAUCUGGGACUCAUUGGAUGGCCAAUACACAUGGGCCAUACAGGGCCUAAUUGAAAAGUUGGCAUCUGGCAAAUUCUGGGUCACUUCUCUGCCUAUGGGAAAGGUUAUGCUGAGAAACUGGGCCGGGAAGUAUCUCGCUGCAGUGGCUGUAGGAGAAAACCCAGUAAGCUUUCCCAUCCAGCCUGUUCAGUACUCAGAAGAUCCAUCUUUGCAGUUUGACGUCUUUUACAAGGGCAAUAGGGUUGCUUUCCGGGCCCACAAUGGGCUGUUCUUGACUAGGACCUAUAGAGGGUUCACUUCAGUUGAAGCAGCCAAGUUGGUCGCUGAUGAUUCCUGUUAUUUCCGCCCCCUGAUUGGAGACCUCCUCCCCCCAAAGUUCAAAAUACUGAGGGUGAUCACAGGCGAUCUCACUCACAUGAUCUACCACCACUCUGUCUUGGAUAAGCAGGUCUAUGCCAACCGGGGGGAAGCAACAGUGCAGCACACUUUCGACAUGACUUGGGAGACUACCGUUUCAGACACCGUUUUCUGGAACAGUCUGUGGGGGCUUGGUGUGGAAACUUCCUGCCACUUCACUCUUGAAGAUGCAAUGCCUCGUUUGGAGUACACGGAGAACAAUGACCGGACCGUCCUUGUGCAGAGGAAUAUUCAUCAGAGACUCACCCAGGAGGUGCUGGUGCCCCCCCAUACUGAAGUCUUGGCCAAGCUUGUUGUCCACAAAAACUCUAUGGCUACUGUGUCAUUCACAGCUGUCAUCCAAAAGGUGAAAUCAAAUGGCGAUGUGGUAAUGCUGAACAAAGGUGGGCUCUGGAAGGGUCUUGUCUACCACGGGGUCCAGCUGGAGAUCACAAAGCGGAAGCUGAGUGAGCGCAGGCCUCUUGAGGAAUGCCCCCUCCUGUGA